AGUAUUUUACAGUUAAAGUGCCUAAGCGCCUAACUUCUGUCAGAAGCUUUAUGGAGUGGAGGUUAUUUGUGCGUUCAUAUUUUUAUUAGUGAUUAAUUUUCUUUGCAUAGUUAGGGUUAGCGUAGGUCUUCAGCUGAAUGAGAAAGUGGGGAGGAAAAGAAAAUUGUGUGCUUAGUGAAAUAUCUAAAAAAAGUUCAUUUUAAUUGGUAUUUUUCCAAUCAGUUUUUAAUUGAUUAUUCAUGUAAGCAUAUCUGUCAAUACACUCCAAUGCAAGCAAACAUAGCCAAGGCUCGUAUAAAGAAGAUUAUGCAAGCUGAUGAGGACAUAGGGAAGAUUGCUAUGGCCGUACCGCUCUUAGUCUCUAAAGCCCUCGAACUAUUUCUGCAAGAUCUUUGUGACCGGACUUAUGAGAUUACCCUAAAAAAGGGGGCAAAAACUUUGAAUUCUUUACACUUGAAGCAAUGUGUGCAGAGCUUUCAUGUGUUUGAUUUUCUAAAGGACACCGUCAGCAGGGUUCCUGAUUUAGGUGCUUCAGAUGCUGCUGCUGAGGAUAGAUCUGCUGCCAAAAGAAGGAAAAUCUCCGAAGAUGAAGAAGAUGGCAAUGACGAUGAGUCAAAAAAGGCUAGAGUGGUAAGCUAAUUUUUUAUAUUGAUAUAUCUUGAAUUUGGUGUCAAAUAGUAUGAUUUGCUUCCCAUUCAAAAUUUGUUGAAAAAAUAUAUAAUUCCAGCAACGAAAAACAGAAAAAUAUACAAAGCUUUCAGGUUUUAUUCUUCAAUUUGACACCACCGCCUACUUCUAAUCUUCUAUUUUUAACUUUUCAUUUGGAGUUUGUACUAAAGAUGAGAAUAUAAUCGACACCCUUCAUUUAGGUUCUUGAAUUGUAGAGAUUACUAAAAAAUUCUGGAGAAAAUUAUGGGUGUUCAGAUAGGGAUGAUAUCUUAGGGGGUUUGAAAUAUAUCAAUUUUGAUUUUCUGGUAGGCAUUUGUAACUUUUGAGAAAUUAGUCACUAUAAUUUUCGAAUAUGUUUCUACUUGUAACAUUGGAACUUGGUAAUUGUUUCUCGGAAACAUAAAAUUAAUGUUUGUUCACCUUGACUUCAUAUCCCCCUCCCAAAAUAUUAAAAUUAAAAUUAAAAAAAAAAAAA